AUGGCCUCGGACCAACAGGCCCUCCCGGUCCCGGUCCCCGUCCCCGUCCCGCCCAACCCUAACCCGACCGCACCAGCCGACCCGACCCCGCCCUCGGCCUCCGCCGCGCGCAAGCUCCCCAUCAAGCGCCGCUCCCCGCGGCCGUCGUCCUCGCCCCCAUCCUCCUCCUCACCGGCCUCCUCCGACCCGCUCCGCGCGCCCGCGCCCGGCGGCGGCGGCGGCAGCGGCGGUGGCGGCGGAUCCGACCAGCAGCAGCCGCCCUUCAAGUUCCAGCGCAUCUGGUCCGAGUCCGACGAGCUCCGCUUCCUGCAGGGCCUCCUCGGCUGCGGCGCGCAGGGCCUCGUCUUCCCGCGUGACCUCAACGUCUUCUACGACCGCUUCUCCGAGUCCAUGCCCCAGCCCUACACCCGCGCCCAGCUCUCCGAGAAGCUCCGCCGCCUCAAGAACAAGUUCCGCAGCAUGUCCGCGCGCGUCGCGGGGGGCCUAGACCUGGCUCGCCUCGCGCCGCACGACCGCGACGUGCUCCACCUCUGCUCCAGGCUGUGGGACCCUGCCAACGCCGCCACGUCGCCCUUCGCGGCCAGCGCCGGAACGUCCGGGAACAAGCGCCGCCGCGCCAACCCGCGGGGCACGCCGCUCCCUCCCCCAGAUGCGUCUGGGGAUAGCAACUCCCAUGACUACAAUGGGAUUGGCUCCUCUGCUCCCGGCUUGUUUCCGGAUGGUUCCAAUGGCGAGGAUAUGUUUUACCUUGAGCAAGAAAGCGGGCACCUCGGUGGUCAUGAAGGUGCUGCUCUGGUAGCAGAUAGCAGAUUCGGUGUUAUUGUGCAGGAGCAGCCUGAGGCCGUGGUUACUCUCCCGAAUGGGAACAAUGGAAUUGGCAAUGAGAUGAAUGUGGAGUGUAAAAUGGUGGUGCCGUGCAGCAAUGAGCAUCGAAUAGCAAAUGCUGUCCUAGAUGUGUUUGAGGAAUGCCUGAGGGAGGCAAAGAGUAACGGGAUUAUCAAUGGUGUCAAUGUGGAUGGGAGAGCUGAGGAAAGUGAGCUCUCCAAGCGGUGGAGAGCGCACAGGAUGGAUGAGCUUGAUGUCUUAAGCCGGAGGCUGAGGUUGCUCGUUGAGUAUGCUGCAGCGGCUGGGCAGUGA